GAAAAGCUCUGCUGUGGUCCAGAUAUUCCAACUACUUGCUAAAACAAGCAAUACCUAAAGUCUAUUUUUGUAGAUCGUAGCUUUAAACUCUUUCAUUCGUACUAUGCAUGUUAUACAAUAUAUGUACCCCUAAAGACCAUAACAACUGAAGCAGCAAAUGACCAAGAGUGCGCAAAGACGUCAAAUUGUAAUGCCGGAAGAUCUGCUCUGUAGUGCAAUAGGAAGUGCUGUUUCCGUGUUAGUAACCAUGGGUGAAACAGAUAGAGACUACGGACUAACCGAAGCUCAGAAAGCGAGAAAAGCUAAAUACCCGCCUGUAAACAAGAAAUACGAGUAUCUUGAUCACACUGCAGAUGUUCAGUUACAUGCAUGGGGAGAUACUUUAGAAGAAGCAUUUGAACAAUGUGCCAUGGCGAUGUUCGGUUACAUGACUGACAUUGAGACAGUGGAACCCAUUGACACCAUGGAGGUGGAGGCUGAAGGUGAUGAUAUGUUGUCUCUUCUAUUUCACUUCCUGGACGAAUGGUUGUACAAGUUCUGUGCAGAUCAGUAUUUUGUACCAAGGGAGGUCAAAGUACUGCAGAUCGAUAAGAGAAAUUAUAAAAUUAGAUCCAUUGGAUGGGGUGAAACGUUUGAUUUGUCAAAACAUCCACAGGGCACAGAAGUGAAGGCAAUCACUUAUUCAGCCAUGCAGAUUCAUGAAGAUCCAGCCCCUGAACUUUUUGUCAUUAUUGACAUUUGAGUUUAUAAAGGCAGUGUCCCCCUUCAUACACUACAGCUUGCAAAUGUCAGUAGAUCAGGAGGUUUAAGAAUCAUAACUCCGAUCUGGAAGUGCCUCUGUUGAGAUGGAUUGCUGCAAGAAAAUAUACAGGAUGUGGAUCA